GCUACUACGAGCUGGAGAGAAGACGCAUGCGUACUGAAUUGAAGCAUCCAGUCGGGGGAGAAAAAAGCCUUAUGUGCCAUCGGAUGUAAUCAAGGCAAAGAAUUACCUCUUCUCGCUGUGCAUACAUGGUGAAUUUCCCAUGGGAUCAGAGCGGAUGGAGAUGCGAAAGAGGCAGAUGUCGGUGCAGCAGGAGUCGGCAGCGGGGGGAACUGCACCGGCCCAGCAGGGCCAGCCGGUCCAGGCCAACCCACGGGGCUCAAAUGCAUGUUGCUUCUGCUGGUGCUGCUGCUGUAGCUGUUCCUGGAAUGAAGACCGGGAUGAAAGGAACCGAAAGGCUUCUUAUGACGUCAAGGAAGGGAACGCAGACUGUGAAGACUGCCCGAAGCCCACGCUGGAGGACGUGCGCUUGUGGGGGCAGUCGUUUGACAAGCUAAUGUGUUGCCCAGCGGGGAGGAACUCCUUCCGACAGUUUCUUCGCACCGAGUUUAGCGAGGAGAACAUGCUCUUCUGGUUAGCCUGUGAGGAGUUCAGCAAAGACCCCAAUAAGAGUGCGGUAGAGGAGAGGGCUCGGGUCAUCUAUGAGGACUACAUCUCCAUUCUCUCGCCUAAAGAGGUGAGCCUUGACUCCCGUGUGCGUGAGACGAUCAACAGGAACAUGCAGGAACCCAACUUGCACACAUUUGAAGAUGCCCAGCUGCAGAUCUACACGUUAAUGCAAAGAGACUCGUAUCCCCGCUACAUGAACUCCGCAGCCUACAAAAACCUGCUCAACACUCUGUCAGAGCAGUCCCCUGAAUCAUAGGGUGGUGAUGACCUGUCAUAUUUUAACUCUCUUUAUCCCCCCCUUCCUCCCCAUCCUAAUUCCCUUUUUUCACUUUUCUUUAUAUGUUCAGUGUAGGAUUACAUAAACCGGGCCUCUGGCCCAGCCCCUCCCAGGGAUCUCAGCGCUAUUGUGAUCUGCACCUGACUGAAGACACUCAGGUCUCAAAAUCUCCCGAGGGCUCGACAUCACAAGUACUGCUACAGAUCAACAUAGCAAAACAGUCCAAAGGAUUAUGACUACAUUUUGUUUCUGCUUUUUUUUUUCUUUUGAUAGAAAUAAUCUAUUUUAUUUGUGUUCAGUUUUUUAUGGUCUGUUGUUUUUUGUAUGAUUGUUUGGGGGGGGGAAAUGAUUCCUACUGUAGACAUAUAUAUUUAUGAGUUUGUAAAUAGUAAAAAUUGAAUUGUGGGUAUUUUAUGUAGAAAAAACGCCUGGUUCGAUUUACUGCGUAUGAAAAUCAAAGCUCAAGUCAAAGGCUACGUGUUAGCUCUACUUGCAGGCAGCUUUGUGGGGUAUUGUAUGAUUUUACCUUGGUUUCACCCUGUUUUGUUACCUAGCCUCACACUUUGGUACCUUUGACCAUGACUUGGCAACUCCAGUUAGUGUAGAAACUGUGCGUGAGUGAAACUGCUGUAAGCGUGGUUAUCAGUGAAGUAACAGGAAGUGACGGUAGCUCUUGUCACAGUGUGCAGUUUGUUUCCGUAAGCAACUGAAGUCAAUGAUGGAAGGGUAUUUGAACUUUCUUUAUUAAAUCUUAACCACAGAAGAUUACCUAUUCAAGACAGCAUUAUUUUAUUCAAGUGUUACUCAAUGCACACCUCAUAGGUUUAAUAUAGUUUACCAGUGGGACAUAAGAACCUAAGUUAUUAAAUUUACCACAUAAAGUAUUUUUGUAAUAUCUAUUGCCAAUACAGAAAAUACAUCAAGUACAAAUGAUAUUCCUAUGGUGGAAUAAACUAUACUGUUAAGUCACUGUUAGAAAAUGUAGAAAUAUGGGUUUAUUUUAUGGGUCUGUAAUUUCCUAAUAAUUUCUGGAGUUUCGAAAGUAAUUUGCUACUGAUUUUGGGUGGAAAUAAGAAUUUCCUUGAAAGAAACGACAUUUUGGGAAAUAUGCUUAUUCGCUUGCUAGAGUUAGAUGGGAGGAUUUAUACCUUUCUGAUAUCUGUUCACUAAAUGUAAAGCUACAGCCAGAGGCUGGUUAGCUUAGCACAAAGACUUAAAACGGGGAAAGAGCUAGUCUGGCUCUGUAUAAAGGUAACAACAUCUACCUAUCAGCAGCUCUAAAGCUUGAUAAUU